AUGGCAGCGCUUGGUUCCCGUUUGGACAGGAAAAAGAAAAUGAAAGGGAAGAAAAAAGUGAAAAAUCUCCUGGAGAAGAAGGCUAAAGGCUUAAAGCUAAAUCAAGUCGACAGGAGACGAGUUACGAAGCUCGAAGAAAAGAUGAAGUUCAAGAACGAAUUAAAAGAAAGUGUGAAAAGUGAAAUGAGCAAGUUACGGCUGGCAGAAGAAGACGUUGACGAAACGAUUAAUAUUGAUCCGUCAUCACCAAGCCCGCCUCCGAAAAAGCUGAAGGAUAAAAGGGUAUCGUUCAGUGGAAAUAUGGAAAGCGUCAAGGUAUUUGACAAAAACGUGGACGAUCUUGAAAUCAAACCGUCGUCUGCGUCUCCAGGAAAGGGUAUACUGCGAGUUAAACAGAAAAAAGCGGCGCAGAAAAAGAAGAAGAUGCAAAUGAAAGAGAAUGUUGACACCCCGAAAGCUAAUACCAUUGUCGGUUCCGGUGCGGAGAAAGAAAAUGUGGGAGAAGCCGCUGUAGAGAAACUGGAAAAACCUAAGAAGAAGAUCAAGAUACAGGUGACUAGAAAAGUGAAGGAACAGUUGUUAACUAUGGACAGGAAGCAAAGAAAAGCGUUUUUGAGAGAACUCAAGUCCAAGAAAAAUCCUAACCACGAUCGUGCUAUGGAGUGCAAGUUGUUGUGGGAGAAAAUCAGAAGUAGGAAGACCCUUAAGCAGGAAAGGGACGAUUGUGUGUCAAAACUCUUCGGCCUCGUAAAGGGUUAUGCUUCAAAGCUAAUCUAUACCCAUGAUAUUUCUCGAGUUUUCGAAUGUCUGUUGGCUUUGAAAAGGCCCGGUAUCACUUCCGCACUUUUCGAAGAACUCACCCCUGAACUUGUGCGAAUGACAAAGAAUAAGUAUGCUCACUUCUUCGUUCUACGUAUGUUGAAAUACGGGUCUAAAGAACAACGAAAUACCAUCAUUAGCUCGUUCCGGGGACAUGCUGUAUCGCUUAUGCGGAUUGUCUACGCUGCUGAGGUACUUGAAGUUGCUUACAAUGAGUAUGCUAAUGCGCAGCAACGCUUUGAUAUUGUUUCCGAAUUUUAUGGCAAAGAAUUUGUCCUGUUUAGGUCGGACAGCCCACGCACGCUUGAAGAGAUUGUAGCUGAAGAACCCACGAAGAAGAAAUUGAUUCUACAGCAUCUUGAAGAACAGCUUCUCACACUCGUUGAUAAGACCACUGUGCGCCUUUCGCUUUGUCAUCGUCUGCUGAAAGAUUUUGCGACUCACUGUGAACCAGACCAGCUAACAAAUUUGAUUGAUUCCCUGAAGGAUAAGAUUCCCGAAAUUGUUCAUACGCCAGAUGGUUCCUAUGUUGCUAUGAAGUGUAUUUGGCAUGCCAACGUGAAGGAUAGAAAGGUAAGCCAUCUACAUUUGAGCGUUUUCCUGAAUUAUUUUGAACUUUCAUGUUGGAUUUGGUUAAGAAGUUGUAGCAUUUUUACAAAGUUUCUAUUCCAUAUUCCUGUCCGCUAUUUAUUUGUUAGCAGCGUGUAA